AUGGCUACGGCUUCAUCGUCAUUCGCGUCUACGAAAGAGACUACCAACUAUGCAAGGCUAUGCCGCCUCCUGGUGGAUGUUGGAUCUCAGGUGCUCCAGUCCACUUUUGACAAAAUACAUCCACCAGCGACUCUACAUACAGUUUUGGGAAGUACCUCAGUGCAUUACGCUACAUUGCAAUCACUGUACAGAGGAAGGAGGAAAGUGCUGAAUCCCACGCAGUGGGGGAAGUUGUACCCUACUCACUCACCCGUGUCUUCUGCAACCUUCGAUAUCACUCUUCUAACGGUGCUUCUUAGAAAUAUCUGUGGUUUGGGCCCUCCUGCCAAUGGAUGGGAUCGUCUUCCCCUAGCCACAAGUAUAAGCAUCUCUGAUGACAUAGCCAGAGUUAAGUAUUACAGGAACACUGUAUACGCCCAUGCUUCUCAAGCCUCUGUGGAUGACAGUAGUUUCAGUUGUUACUGGCAGGAAGUAAGAGAAGCUUUGGUGAGACUGGGAGGAGCUCAUUUUAGAGCUAAAAUCUACAAUCUUGAGCACGACUCCAUGGAUCCAGAUAUCGAGGAGCAUUUUCGUGAACUGAUGAUACAAUGGAAGAAAGACGACGACAGCAUCAAAGAAAAGCUUGAAGAAAUUGAAGGUAAGAAAAACAUUAUCCGCUACCAAUGUGGAUGAAUCAGAAGGCUACAAAAGUAUAUAUUUCUAGUUAACACGGUAGUGUUGGCUAGGUCAUGAUAUUUUUAUUUUAGUCGGAAGGUAUAUUUGUGUUAUGUGUGUAAAAUGAAGAAUUAACCCAAUUUUUUGACACUGUUUUCAUUUGCAGUAUUUUUGUCUGUUCGUGGGUACUCGUGUACAACUGCUGGAGUGCAUUUUUGUGUUUUCAAAGCGUCUUAUUGAAAUUGAUCUUUUCGGAAUCGACUAAAUAUUGAUAUACGUAUCAUUGUUUUACCAGCACCUAACGUGAAGCUGUGAUAUAAAUUUACUCAUGACACUGCACAUACCUUUUGAAAUUUUCAGAUUCGCUGGAAAACAUGAGAAGCAUUAUGGAGAGAUACUUCAGAGUCACAACUAACAAGAUAGAGAUUAAAAUGAAAGAGGUGAAAGAAAAGCUUACUAGUCUGAUAGCCUCAGCUGAAAAAAGCACACAAGAAGGUUAGUUCGUAGAGAGAGCUACUCACAGAAAAAAAAUUGUUAAAAGUGACACUGUUUUCUUAAGUACAUAACGCAGCUCUUGUGCAUGACGACGGUAAUCGCUGGAUGUCGGCCAACACAGCAUAUUUUAGUACUUUACUGAUUUAAGCGCACACCCUGGCCACCCCACGCACUGGCUCUACAUGAAGAUACUAUGUAAUGUGUAGAAUGCCACGGAAGCUUAGAUUUUCUGCCCUGGCUGCCUCUCGAAUUUGAUGGUAUUUUGACAGUGACGGAAAGCGUGACAUAGCAUGACAUAACGUGACCAGAAAGCAUUACUAUUAUUAAUAUUAAGUGAAAGACAAUCUCCUUUGAACAUUAGACUUGAUUGCGAAACAGUGUAAUAAGAUCGGCUUUUAAGGGGUGUGUGUUUUGAGAGAGAGAGAGAGCGAGAUAGCGAACCGAAGAUAUCUGUAAUCGGGGAUAACAACAGUAAACCAGUUUGAGAUUUAAACCUGUGACUUAUUUGUCGGGUAACCGAAGUGUCAAAUAGGGGGAGAGUAGUGACGGAAAGCGUAACAUAGCAUGACAUAACGUGACCAGAAAGCAUUACUAUUAUUAAUAUUAAGUGAAAGACAAUCUCCUUUGAACAUUAGACUUGAUUGCGAAACAGUGUAAUAAGAUCGGCUUUUAAGGGGUGUGUGUUUUGAGAGAGAGAGAGAGCGAGAUAGCGAACCGAAGAUAUCUGUAAUCGGGGAUAACAACAGUAAACCAGUUUGAGAUUUAAACCUGUGACUUAUUUGUCGGGUAACCGAAGUGUCAAAUAGGGGGAGAGUAGUGACGGAAAGCGUAACAUAGCAUGACAUAACGUGACCAGAAAGCAUUACUAUUAUUAAUAUUAAGUGAAAGACAAUCUCCUUUGAACAUUAGACUUGAUUGCGAAACAGUGUAAUAAGAUCGGCUUUUAAGGGUGUGUGUUUUGAGAGAGAGAGAGCGAGAUAGCGAACCGAAGAUAUCUGUAAUCGGGGAUAACAACAGUAAACCAGUUUGAGAUUUAAACCUGUGACUUAUUUGUCGGGUAACCGAAGUGUCAAAUAGGGGGAGAGUAGUGACGGAAAGCGUAACAUAGCAUGACAUAACGUGACCAGAAAGCAUUACUAUUAUUAAUAUUAAGUGAAAGACAAUCUCCUUUGAACAUUAGACUUGAUUGCGAAACAGUGUAAUAAGAUCGGCUUUUAAGGGGUGUGUGUUUUGAGAGACAGAGAGAGCGAGAUAGCGAACCAAAGAUAUCUGUAAUCGGGGAUAACAACAGUAAACCAGUUUGAGAUUUAAACCUGUGACUUAUUUGUCGGAUACCCGUUCCCGACAACAACAUUCAUACAUAUGAAUGAUCGUAGGCGAGAUAGGUUAUAGUCUUGUUUUAGUAUUACCUUUCUUAUAAUGAACCUAACUUCUUAGUAGUGUUAGAUGUGAUCCGCAUACUUCUCAAUAAAAUAACCGAAUCCUUAAUCCGGUCAUAUUGUAGAGUAUUCAAUUAUACAUUAGAAAAUAGCUGAAUGUGGAUCGUCUUGAGUAGAAUGGGUUAGACUAAGAUGUAAGUGGUUAUUUUAUAUUUCCUGAGGAAAAGACUUUAGGCAAAACCUCCCACUUCAUUACAAGCGGGUCUCUACAUUUUUCAAGCAUAUUUUUCCUGAUCAAACUGCGCGACAAAGAGGGCGGAAGGCGGUCGUUGAUUUUUAUUGAUUAGUUCGCACAGUCUCGUUAGAUACCGAAAAAGUAUUGUUCGGACUAUCGGCUUCAAUGAUAUCAAUAUUCAUCUCCCGAGUAAAUUACUUUAUGACAUAGUUCUACGGUCAGUUCUACUGUCAAACACUUUUGAAGCUGACCAUAAGUCUUUAAAAGUUUUGUAUAAAAUAGAAACAAACGAUAGAGAAUGGAGAAAGGAUCUAUUUAGUUGACUUUUCCUUUGAUGAAUAAAGUGACUCUCACUCAGACUAAAAGUUUUACUGUUAUUCUGUCGUCAGAUACCACGAAAGGGUCUCUUGAGAAAAUAAUAAGCGAAAUGGCAAAGAUGGAGAGCGAACUGAAAGAAGUGAAGGAAAAGCGGUGUGCUUCGACGGCCCCGGUGGGAGAAAUCAAGGAUCAAGGUCAGUUGAAUUAUACAAUAACAUUUAUCCUGCUUAACCGGAUAUUUAGCAGUAGUCAAAAUGUCCAGCAUGUGAGAGAGAUCAUCCUAUCAUAAGGAGAUUCAGUUUUUCAAUUUGAACAAUUUCUGAAAUAGUCUCUGCUGUUUGUUUUCGUUGCUUUCAAUGCUUUAUAUGUGGAGCACAGGUCACAACUGCCCAUCAGAAGUUUAUUACAAUUGUCGUUCAAAAAUUGGCUUCUAUUGUAACAUCAGGAGUGGGGUAUGGAAGCCACUGUUCAGCGAAUUCCUACCAACCAUGAGGUAGUGAAUUUUCCUUCCAAGACGUGGCAUAAAAUUUUCCUUCAAAAUUUCACCCGUAAUUAAUCUCUAAACAUUGUAGUUGAUAGGCCGUUUUCGUCUGUUUUCAGCUAUCAAAUGAUGGCAUCUUUAUAACUUGUAACUUUUUUUCUCUAUAAAACAGGAAGAUUCCAAGAGUCAGUGAGAGAGACACUUACAAGGAUGGAGAACGAAAUGAAAGAAAUGAAGGAAAAGCUGGUUUCCCUGAUGGCUUCAGCAGAAGAAAGCAGAGAUCGGGGUCAGUCGUCCGAAAGAUAGCACAGUUUUAGCUGAAACAUUGAUAUUAAGUUCAGCUCGAUGUUAGAAACUAACAGAGUAGGUUCGACUGAAUUCAUAAUCUAACUGGCUUUUUAUCAGUAAACUUCAACCCUACACUGAUACCUGUUAGCAUCGUCCAAGUAAUUUCUUUUGCGAUGGUAUCGUACUCAUUCACUUAUUUAAAUUCAUUGCCGAAUACCAGAAAGAUAACAUAAUUUUCGACGCCGCGUUCAUUGGAUUUCUUUUUUUUUUCGCUACUAUUAGGUAUCUUUGAUCCAACUAAGCUUAUCAAUGGAAUUCGCCAGCUUUACAAGACUCGCGAAGGAUGGCUCUCACCCUUUCCAUGGUGUGAAGAGUUUCAGUUUUUUCUUGGCAAUAUUUUUACAAGGCUCAAAGUGGUCAGAAGAAAAAAAACGAGAGGAGAAAUCACUGACGUAUUUGUUGAGAUGUCGUCAAUACUAGACCCGUAUGAAGAGUGUUCAGCGCCGAGAACAGUGUUGAUUGAAGGAGAACCUGGUAUGGGAAAAACCACCUAUUGUAAAAAGUACGCCUACGACUGGGCCACAAAACAGCAAGAACCUCAGGGUUGUGACUCAACAGCAUUUAAAGUGGUAUUGCUGCUGAAAUGUCGAGAUAUCCAUUCUGACGUUUGGGAAGCCAUUGAUGAUCAGCUUCUGCCCCGCGACAUCGAUGAAGAAGUCAAACAACAAUUCUUUCAGUUUAUUCGUGAAAAUCAGUCCAGCAUUUUAUUGAUAUUGGAUGGAUUAGAUGAGUUACCAUCCAGCAAAUUGUCGAUUUUUUCUGAAUUAAUUGAAGGAAGAUUACUCCACAGAUGCUACAUAGUUGCAACAGCAAGACACGAAGCUGGAAAAGAAGUGAGAAAAUGCUGUGAUACGCUGCUACAGAUCGAAGGAUUCUCUGAAAACCAUGUAAAAGAAUUUGUCACCAAGCACUUUAAAGAAAGGCUGGAUUUAGCUACGAAGCUCUCGGAACGGAUUUCGCGAGAUAAAAACCUGCGAGAAAUGGCAGCCAAUCCUCUAAACGCAGCACUUCUUUGCCUUUUAUGCGAAGAGUUUGAGGGCACACUCCCCGAAAAGAGAGUUCAACUCUAUUUGCAUAUUGUUGAAUGUGUUUUGAGAAGAUAUAGAAAUAAGAAGGGACUAUUAGAAACGGAAGAAGACCUGAGAAACCAUUACAAACCGCAAUUGAAUCACCUUGGAAAGGUAGCGUUGAAUGGUUUACUUAGCGACAAAUUGGAUUUGAAUGAAAGUGAAUUGGGAAACCAUGCAAAAGAUUUGAUUGCAUUUGGAUUUCUGUCAGUGCAGCCUGGUAGCAACAAAUUGAGACCAAAACCGCGUUAUGCUUUCUUGCAUAAAAGUUUUCAAGAAUGCUUUGCAGCAUUCUAUAUUUCUUGUCAGAUUCAAAGCAAGAAAAUUACACCUGAAGAACUAGUUUCAGAUCCAAGAUAUUUCGUUAAACUUAAACAAGUACUUUUGUUUUCAUGCGGAAUUUUAGCCAACAAAUGCGAAGAGCAAGCUGUGGCUCUUGUAAAGAGUUUAACAAAUGAAGUCAACAAAAAUCAAGGUAAUGGUACAAAUGUUGUAUUGGAGGCCAUCAACGAAUGUAAAACACAAGGAAGCGAUUUUCACUCACAGUUAGCAAAGUUGUUUGGAACUGGUUUGAAUUUGACCAAUUUGAAUUUGUCUUACAAUCGUAUUAGAGAUGCCGGUGUUACAUCUAUUGCUGAGGCAAUCAAAGUCAACAAGACGCUAACCAGUUUACAUUUAUCUUUCAAUUGUGUUAUUGACGCUGGUGUCACAUCUAUUGCUGAGGCAAUAAAAGUGAACAAGACGCUGACCAAUUUGAAUUUGGGUAACAAUGGUAUCAGUGAUGCCGGUGCUACAUCUCUUGCUGAGGCAAUCAAAGUCAACAAGACACUAACCAAUUUGUAUUUGUUUAACAAUAGUAUUAGUGAUGCCGGUGCUACAUGUAUUGCUAAGGCAAUGAAAGUCAACAAGACGCUAUCCAAUUUGGAUUUGUCUGGCAAUGGUAUUAGUGAUGCCGGUGCUACAUGUAUUGCAGAGACAAUGAAAGUCCACAAGACGCUAACCAGUUUGAAUUUGUGUAACAAUCGUAUUAGUGAUGCCGGUGCUACAUCUAUUGCAGAGGCAAUCAAAGUCAACAAGACGCUAACAUGUUUGGGUUUGUCUGAAAAUGUCAUAAGUUAUGCCGCUGUUACAUCCAUCACAAGGGCAAUCAAAGUCAACAAGACGCUAACCGUUUUGGAUUUGUCUGACAAUCGUAUUAGUGAUGCUGGUGCUUCAUCUAUUGCUGAGGGAAUCAAAGUCAACAAGACGCUAACCUAUUUGAAUUUGUCUGCCAAUGGUCUAAGUAAUACCGGUGCUACAUCGAUCGCUAAGGCAAUCAAAGUCAACAGGACGCUAACCAUUUUGGAUUUGUCUGGCAAUGGUAUUAGUGAUGCCGGUGCUACAUGUAUUGCCGAGACAAUGAAAGUCCACAAGACGCUAACCGAUUUGAAUUUGUGUAACAAUCGUAUUAGUGAUGCCGGUGCUACAUCUAUUGCCGAGGCAAUCAAAGUCAACAAGAAGCUAACCAAUUUGGAUUUGUCCGUCAAUGGUAUUAGUGAUGCAGGUGCUACAUCUAUUGCUGAGGCAAUCAAAAUCAACAAGACGCUAACCGAUUUGAAUUUGUCUCGUAAUUGUAUUAGUGAUGCGGGUGCUACAUCUUUUGCUGAGGCAGUCAAAGUCAACAAGACGCUAACCGAUUUGGAUUUGUCCUCCAAUGGUAUUAGUGAUGCCGGUGCUUCAUCUAUUGCUGAGGCAAACGAAGUUUACAAGACGCUAACCAAUUUGAAUUUGUCUUUCAAUCGUAUUAAUAAUGUCAGUCCUACAUCUAUUGUUGAAGCAAUGAAAGUCAAGAAGACGCUAACCGAAUGGGAUUUCUCUGAUAAUCGUAUCAGUGAUGCUGAUGCUACAUCUAUUGCUAACGUAAUCAGAGUCAACAAGACACUAACUAAUUUGAAUUUGUCUUCCAAUGCUAUUAGUGAUGCAGGUGCUACGUCUAUUGCUGAGGCAAUCAAAGUCAACAAGACGCUAACCAAUUUGAAUUUGUCUCACAAUCGUAUUAGUGAUGCCGGUGCUACAUCGAUCGUUGAGGCAAUCCAACUCAACGAGACACUAUUCGAUCUAGAUCUCUCUGGCAAUUUUAUUAGUGAUGCCGGUGCCACAUCGAUCGCUAACGCAAUCAGAGUCAACAAGACGCUAACCAAUUUAUAUUUUUCUUACAAUCCUAUUAGUGAUGCGAGUGCUACAUCUAUUGCUGAGUCAGUCAGAGUCAACAAGACGCUAACCAAUUUGGAUUUGUCUUUUAAUGCUAUAAGUGUUGCCGGUGCAACAUCUAUUGCUGAGGCAAUCAAAGUCAACAAGACGCUAACCGAUUUGGUUUUGUCUGUGAAUCGUAUUAGUGAUGCCGGUGCUACAUCUAUUGCUGAGGCAAUGAAAAUGAACAAGACGCUAACCAAUUUGAAUUUGUGUAACAAUGGUAUCAGUGAUGCCGGUGCUACAUCUCUUGCUGAGGCAAUCGAAGUCAACAAGACGCUAACCAAUUUAAAUUUGUCUUUCAAUUGUGUAAUUGACGCUGGUGCCACAUCUAUUGCUGAGGCAAUAAAAGUGAACAAGACGCUUACUAAUUUGAAGUUGUGUAACAAUGGUAUCAGUGAUGCCGGUGCUACAUCUAUUGCUGAGGCAAUAAAAGUGAACAAGACGCUGACCAAUUUGGAUUUGUCCGUCAAUGGUAUUAGUGAUGCAGGUGUUACAUCUAUUGCUGAGGCAAUCAAAGUCAACAAGACGCUAUCCAAUAUGGAUUUGUCUUACAAUGGUAUUAGUGAUACCGGUGCUACAUCUAUUGCUGAGGCAAUCAAAGUAAACAACACGCUAACCAAUUUGAGUUUGAGCAGCAUCCGUAUUACGGAUGCCGGUGCUACGUUUCUUGCUGAGGCAAUGAAAGUCAACAAGACGUUAACCAAUUUAAAUUUGUCUUUCAAUUAUAUAAUUGAUGCCGGUGUUACAUCUAUUGCUGAGGCAAUUAAAGUUAACAAGACGCUAACCAAUUUGAAUUUGAGUAGCAUUCAUAUUACUGAUGUAGGUGCUACAUCUCUUGCUAAGGCAAUCAAAGUCAACAAGACGCUGACAACUUUAAAUUUGUCUAUCAAUGGUAUUAGUGACGCCAGUGCUCUAUCUAUUGCUGGGGCAAUUAAAGUUAACGAGACGCUGUUCAAUGUGAAUUUGGGUUACAAUGGUAUUAGUGAUGUAGGUGCUACAUCUAUUGCUGAGUCAAUUCAAGUCAACAAGACGCUAACCAAUUUGAAUUUGUCUCACAAUGGUAUUAGUGAUGCCGGUGCUACAUCUAUUGCUGAGGGAAUCAAAGUCAACAAG